UUAAAUAAAAAAGAAUAUACAUAUAUAUAUGUAUAUGUAUAUAUAAAUUGUAAAGUUUGUUAGUCAGUGCUAAAGGCUUUCAAAUCAUGCCCGUGAAGACAGGGGCCAAUGGCGGCGACUACGACUCCCAGGACGAGGCCAGCACUGAGCUGCUGGAAAAGCUCAAGCAUCUGGAUCGCCGUGUGGACGCCGUCGAGGGUGGAGGCUCUGGCGGCCUAUGCGGCCGGAGGUCGUCCUGCUGGCAGUCGGUGAAGUGGAAAUCGGCUCUCAAUCAUAUCGGAUUGCUGGUCUCCCUGUCCAUCUACUGUGGCGUGGGUGGUUUGAUAUUUCGCCACUUAGAGCGUCCCGCGGAAGUGCAACGUCUUACCGAUUUGAAGGAUGUGGUCAAGAGCCAAAGGGAACGCUUCAUGAGCGCCAUAUUGAACAACACCGAAGUGAACAAUCUCAAUGAGCUGUUGUCCUUUGAGCUGGCCAAAUAUGAAGCGGCUGUUCAAAAGGCGGCCGAAGGGGGCCUGCUUAUAGUCGCCGAUAAAGACUUCCCAGAGCCGUACGAGCGAUGGAGCAUACUGCAGGCUGUGUUCUUCUCAUCGACUGUGUUAACCACCAUAGGAUAUGGCAACAUUGUGCCAGUGACUACCGGCGGACGGGUAUUCUGCAUUUGCUUUGCCCUCAUCGGCAUACCCUUCACGCUCACGGUGAUAGCCGACUGGGGUCGGCUCUUUGCCACCGCCGUCUCAGUGUUUGGAAAACAUAUGCCCACCAAGCCAAAGUUUACCAAUUUCAUAGGAAAGACCUGGUUCUACGCCAUUCUGGCUGUUGGCUUCUUGGGUGUCUAUCUGGCCGCCGGUGCGGGUCUGCUCCUGCUUUGGGAAGAUGAUUGGACCUUCUUCGAUGGCUUCUACUUUUGCUUCAUUACCAUGACCACCAUUGGGUUCGGAGACCUGGUGCCAAAGAAACCCAACUAUAUGCUGCUCUGUACUCUGUACAUUCUCAUUGGCCUGGCCCUGACAUCGACGAUUAUCGAGCUGGUGAGGCGUCAGUAUGCCACCAGUUGGGCCAAGUUGCAGGAACUUUCCGGUCCCAUGGCGGAGACUUUGCGUCGCUUGGGUGAGACAGCCGGCACGGGUCUGGACUAUGCAGCGCUCCAAAAAGUCUUGACUGUUUCCAUGCCAAAGUGGAACAGCAAGAAGAACGACCACAGCCCGGAUAUUGCUGCGCUUGAGGCUAUCACCAAUGCCAUUCUAAAAGAGGUGAAGGAGGCACAAAAUAAUAAGCCCAAGGUCCUGCAAAUUGUCAUCUACGAGUCCUCUGUCUAAGGAGCAACUAAACAGCGACCGAUGUAGAAUAAGAGAUGGCUAGAGAGAGAGCUUCCACCAAUAAUCUACAGCAUAAUCUUCGGGCCACAGCAAAAAUAUCAGAAAAUAUCACAGUUACGAUUAGUUAGGCUUGAAUUGAGUUGAAGGUUGAGGGUUGCCAUUGGUGACAGUGGGCACUAGCUAAGGCGUACCACUGCCAGACUUCCAUAAGUUAAUGUCUGUACAUAUAGCUAUUAUAUAGUCAAAUGUCUAGGCAAUAAUAUUGCUCAUACGUACUGAGAUCACAGCAUACAUACUUACAUACUAUAAUUAAUUAUUUAUUUAAA